AUGCAGACUGCUUCUACGAACAUCUGUGAAAGACUGUGCAAUAAGUCCAUCCGUGAAAUGUCCUUGUUAGUAAACAUUCCACGGUUAACUGUUUAUGAUAUUAUAACAACGUGGAAGCAACUGGGAACAACAGCAACUCAGCCACAAAGUGGUAGGCCACAUAAAAUGACAGAGCGGGGUCAGCACAUGCUGAAACGCACAAUGCGCAGAAGUCACCAACUGUCUGCGGAGUCAAUAUCUAAAGACCUCCAAACUUCAUGUGGCUUUAAGAUUAGCACAGCAACAGUGUGUAGAGAGCUUUAUGGAAUGGAUUUCCAUGGCUAAGCAGCUGCAUCCAAGUCUUACAUCAACAAGUGCAAUGCAAAGCUU